AAAGCAUUCCCAUGGUACCUGUUCCCUUCCCUUCUCCACCUCUCACCCUUUUCAGCUUAGCACCUCCCAACUUGUUGUGUAUGUAAAGAAUUAAAUAUCACUUUCGCACUGCUUAAAUUUGUUAUUGGCAGCCCAGAUUUCAGAAUCAGAUUCAAUCCAAAGACAGAUAGAUAAGAUGAUGCUUCCAUUUCUAAAGAUCAAGAUUGCCAUUUUACCACCACAACAAAUAAUAAGUUAUAAGUUGUGAGUUCUAAAUCAAGUUUCUCUGUAGUUAGCCCUAAUUAGUAAUUAGAGGAAGUUAGUUUUCUUGGUAAAAUGAAACAGUGUAAAUAAUAACAAUCACUUUCUGUGUUGCGCAAUAAUUCAUGAAAAAAAGAUUUGUUUUUUUAACCGUGAAAUCCAAAAUUUGAAGCUCUCAGACCAACAGAACUUUCAACCUUGUCAAAGAGAGAUGGUUAGGGAAGGCACUUAAGGGAUAGGUGGAAUUGUUUCUUUUUCUUCAUGGAUAUAUAUCUCUUUUAAAUAAAAUAUAUAGAAAAAAGUAAAAUAAAAAUGAAUUGUGGCUGCAACUUGCCCCAGCAUUUCUCUUCUUGGUAACCCCACUAUGUUAACCAACCACCCCAACUCUCUCCUCCAGGUUUGUGCUAGGAAUAAUUUUAAAUAAUCGAAAUUCACACAAUAAUUGGCAGAAUAAAAUUAAGCUUUUAUAUAUAUAAUUGAAAAAUAAAAAAAUUAUAAUAUUAUUUUAAUAUUCACAAAUAUCUGAGGGUUAUUCGUAUUUAAAGCAGCAAAUUCAUAUAUUAUUUUAAUAUUCACAAAUAUCUGAGGGUUAUUCGUAUUUAAAGCAGCAAAUUCAUAUAUUUUGAUUAUUAUUUUACAUAAACUACAACAGUAGUGUGAAUAAUAUUUGGGUUGUAAAAUUUUCCAAUGAUAUCUUUAUAGCUUAUUUAUUUAUGGCCUGUAGUUAUUGAAGUAAUGCUGAAAGCAACCAACACUCAGGGGUUUGGAGAGGAUAAGAUUCACUCAUUUCCUUCAUGAGAGAGAGUAUACAAUUUGUGGUCAAGAAAAGCACAAUACUGGGUAUGGUGGGUGCUCUGUAGGUGGUGGGAAGGAAGGAGUGUUUCUGGACACAGGGUUCCUAGAAUAUUGGAGAGAUGACAAGUGUAGUAUGGUUUAGGAGGGAUCUGAGAGUGGAAGACAACCCUGCUUUGGCUGCUGGGGUUAGGGCAGGGGCAGUUGUGGCAGUCUUCAUAUGGGCUCCUGAAGAAGAAGGGCACUAUUUUCCUGGAAGGGUAUCAAGAUGGUGGCUUAAGCAAAGCCUGGCUGAUCUUGACUAUUCUCUGAGGAGCCUUGGGACUACCCUUAUCACUAAGAGAUCCGCAGAUAGUGCUUCUUCUCUCCUUGAAGUUAUCAAAUCCACUGGUGCCACUCAACUAUUCUUCAACCACUUAUAUGAUCCUUUGUCACUUGUUAGGGAUCACCGCACGAAGGAAAUUUUAACUAGCCAAGGGAUAACCGUGCGCUCCUUCAACGCCGACUUGCUUUAUGAACCGUGGGAAGUUCUUGAUAGUGAAGGACAGCCUUUCACAACCUUCACAGGUUUUUGGGACAGAUGCCUGAGCAUGCCUUAUGAUCCAGAGGCUCCACUUCUUCCUCCUAAAAGGAUCAUUUCUGGUGAUAUCUCCAAAUGCCCUUCAGUAAACUUGGUGUUUGAAGAUGAAUCAGAGAGAGGAAGCAACGCUCUUCUAGCCCGAGGAUGGUCGCCUGGGUGGAGGAAUGCAGAUAAGGCAUUAACAACUUUCAUAAACGGGCCGCUGAUCGAGUACUCAAAGAACCGCUGGAAAGCUGACCGCGCAACAACCUCUUUGCUCUCCCCACACUUGCACUUUGGGGAAGUCAGUGUCCGAAAAGUAUUCCAUCUUGUUCGCAUGAAGCAAGUUCUUUGGGCCAAUGAAGGGAACAAAGCGGGUGAAGAGAGUGUUAAUCUAUUCCUUGAGUCUAUCGGGUUGAGGGAGUAUUCAAGAUAUAUAAGCUUUAACCAUCCAUACAGCCACGAAAGGCCGCUUCUCGGUCAUCUAAGGCACUUCCCUUGGGUAAUUAAUGAGGGACACUUUAAGGCGUGGAGGCAAGGGAGGACGGGUUACCCGUUGGUGGAUGCGGGUAUGAGGGAACUGUGGGCCACCGGAUGGUUACAUGAUCGGAUACGGGUUGUGGUUUCGAGUUUCUUUGUGAAGGUUUUGCAGCUUCCAUGGAGAUGGGGAAUGAAGUACUUUUGGGAUACUCUGUUAGAUGCAGACCUUGAGAGUGAUGCUCUUGGUUGGCAAUAUAUCUCUGGUACCCUUCCCGAUGGGCGCGAAUUGGAUCGCAUUGAUAAUCCACAGUUUGAAGGUUACAAGUUUGAUCCGAAUGGGGAGUAUGUACGCCGCUGGCUACCGGAACUUGCUCGGCUUCCCACCGAAUGGAUACACCACCCGUGGGACGCCCCGGAGUCCGUUCUCCAAGCGGCAGGGAUUGAACUCGGAUCAAACUACCCUCUCCCGCUCGUCUGGAUCGAUGCAGCCAAAGUCAGGCUACAAGAGGCCCUCGUCACGAUGUGGCAGCACGAAGCCGCCUCUAGGGCUGCUGUCGAGAACGGUGUCGAGGAAGGACACGGCGACUCCAGUGAAUAUAUCCCGGUUGCCUUCCCCGAGGACAUCAUGCAAACAACCGAUCCGAAUGUUGAGUCCCCGCUCAGAAACAACAACCAAACAGCGACUACUAUAACCCGCGGCGGCGGUUAUCAGGACCAGAUGGUUCCCAGCAUUACUUCUUCUCUUUCUCGGGGUAGUUCGAUGUAUCUCAGGAAUCCAAGCGAGGAUAACCGAGCGGAAGUUCCAAGAAAUGAUAAUCUGACUGAGGAAGAGCCAAGGAGGAGGAACGGGGCGGGCCAAACAGGUCCCCCUCAACCACCAAUUAAUGCCCGUCCUAGGAGGAAUUCUGAAGACUCCUCCACGGCUGAUUCUUCCAACAGCAGCCGUGGCGUGGUUCCUGUGUGGUCCCCGCCGAGUAGUAAUUACUCGGCAAGCGAUGAUAAUGUCACCACCAGUUCAUCUUAUUUGCAAAGGCCACACCGUCAGCUAAUGAACUGGAAUCGGCAACGGCUGUCUCAGACAGGUUUCCCCUGAAUGUUUGGUAAUCUCUAGUUUCUUCAACUUGAUGAUAGCAGGUGAUGGUUUACAAGAUAUGAUGAUCAAGAUUUGAGGUUAACAAGAUCUAGGUACUGUAAUUCUAAUUAAGCCGAUCAACGAUCAAUGCAUGUAUGUGUGUGUAUUAGCUGAUGAUUAGAAUGGACGAGGCGAUUCUUUUUCUUUUACUCGUUCCUUUUGUUGUAUCAUAUGGUAGAAAUGAUGUUCUACAACUGAACAGUAUACACAUUUUGUAAGGGCGAAUAAUCUUCACAUUGGCUGCAAGUUAUGUCAUAACCCUGCUUUGUGCCUCUCUUCAUUCUUGUCUUGAUUGCUGCAUAUGUUUUGUUUAACC